GACAUGUGCUUAUUCUAAUUUGUUUAAAAUGAUUUCUGAAAAUACUCAGUCAAAUGAAAAUGUGGAAAUUAAAGCAGAAUUGGAACAACCAAAAAAUCAAGAUGAUGUUUAUGAUUAUUUAAAUCGUGAUGGUUUUACUUCAGAAAUAUUUAAAGUUGAAAUACGUGGAUUACCAAAGUUUUAUGGCAUUAGUGAGUUUAAAAAAUUAAUGAGCGAUAAAUUAUCAUUGGACUGCGUUAAAAUAAAAACUAUACGUCCGGGUAAUCCUUGGGCCUUUGUAUGUUUUCGCAGCGAAGAUGAUCGAAAAAAAGCUCUACAAAAAAUAAAUGGAUUUCAGUGGAAAGGCAAAUCAUUAUCAGCACAUGAAGCCAAACCAGCACCAGACCCUUUGGUCAAGAAAAGAAAACAAUUAGAAGCCAUUGAUCAAGCUACAAAAAAAAUUAAAGAUAAUAUUUCACAAGAUGAAAAACUGAAAAAUUCUACCACUCCAUAUUGGAAUCUAACUUAUACAGAACAGCUGGAAAAGAAGCAAAAAGAAAUUCAAAAUUUAAAGGACUACAAUCAUCAAUUAAAGAAGUGGAUGCAGCCAUCACUAAAAACUUGGCUAGAUAAACAAAAGAAUAAAUACAAUGGAUAUAUUUGUGAAUUAUUAAAUAUAAUUCCAUCGCCAGUGGAAAAUGGAUAUCGUAACAAAUGUGAAUUUUCUAUAGGAUUGGAUGAUGAAAAUCAUUUGCCCACAGUUGGUUUUCGAUUAACUAGUUAUGAUAAAGGUUCCACGGCAGUAGCUCCAGUUGAGGAAUUGAAUCAUAUACCAGACCAAAUGAAAGCUGCAGUAAAAGCUUUUCAAAUAUUCGUAAGAAAUUCAAAAUAUAGUGUAUUUUCACCAGAAGACCACAGUGGAUAUUUUAGGCAAUUGACCAUAAGGAUCUCAAAUUUUACAAGAGAAUUAAUGCUCAUUGUUGGCAUACAUCCUCAGAAUUUGACUGAAACUGAAAUCACAGCAUUCAAGGAGGAUUUGAAAGAUUUUUUUUCAUCAGGUGAAGGAAAAGAUAUUGUAGUCAAUUCUUUAUAUCUGCAAUUUAUUACAAAACGAUCUUCAGGAGAGGCUACUUUAGAUGUUAUACAUAUUAUGGGAACAACUCAUAUAACUGAUCAAAUUCUCGGCCUGCAAUAUCAAAUAUCUCCAGAAGCUUUCUUUCAAGUAAAUACCAAAUGUGCCGAGAUUUUAUAUACCAAAGCUAUAGAAUUAAGUAAACCUACUUCUGAAACAACUUUGUUGGAUAUAUGUUGCGGAACAGGAACUAUUGGACUAUCAUUUGCUAAGGUGUUAUGUUCGGAAUGGCAAUAUCGAUUAUCAGAACCCGUGUAUAUAUCAGAGUACAACGAUAUAUCGGGCUCAGUCGGCGCUGAUGCGCUGAAAAUCAUGACUCCUAAUGCCGAAUGA